AUGGGUGACAAAGUAAGACAACGCGAGUUUAUUGAAAGACAUGUAGUUCCAGUUUUACUUAAAUAUAAAAUGAAAACACCAAAUUCUAAUAGAAAACUUAGCAAUAUGGCUUAUUUUUUAGAAGAAAAAGAAGUUGGAAAAAUUAGAGUAUGUAAGAAAAUGUUUGAAUCAACCUUAGUCAUAAGUGACAAAAUUAUAAGAAACUGCUUUAAUAGGUUGAAUACUGCAGGAAUAUUGGAACCAUUAAAUCAGGGAAAACAUGACAACCAUAAACGAAUUUCAGAAGAAAUGAAAAAAGAUGUGUUGGAUCAUAUUGAUUCAUUUCCUAGUAUAAGUUCUCAUUUUUUAAGAGCUCAAACGCAAAGGGAGUAUAUUGAUGGCAGCUUAACUAUUGCUGAAAUGUACAGAUUGUAUGUCAUUAGUCAAGAAGAAAACAAAAAAGGAAUGUGUACUUAA